UCAUGGUUCAAGACACACAGAGGGUUAUCUCAACCCAGGCAGCCAGUGCUGCCGAAGCAGGCUGAGAGAGACACUCUAUAAGAUGCUGGAAUUCAAUCUUCUUUAAAUAAUGUAUGUCGAGGUAAACUAAAUAUCUGAAGCAGGGCUCUGAAUUAUGUAUUUCUUGGGUACAACAGUGGCAAAAGAGAAUGCUGGAACCUGUAGCCGAACAACUGUUUGAGCAGAAACAAUGUCCCAUUAUCAUUUUAUCAAAUGCUGUUGUUUUCAGCUAUGUAAUGUUUUUCGAUCUCAUGACAUGGAAAUCGACCAAUGUUUGUUGGAGUCCCUCCCGCUCGGUCAGCGCCAGCGGCUGGUGAAACGCAUGCGCUGUGACCAGAUCAAGGCCUACUAUGAGCGAGAGAAGACACUACAGAAACAAGCGGGGCACAAGUCCAAAUUGAAACAGAAGAAGAAAUAUAAGAUCCACUUUGGCUUGUCAGAAAUGAUCCAGGAUUCAAUCAUUCACCACGAUGACAAAGAAGUCCUAAGGCUGCUGAAGGAUGGAGCUGAUCCCAAUGCACUCAUUUCUUCUGGAGGCUCCCUGCUCCAUCUGUGUGCCCGAUAUGAUAAUGCCUUUGCUGCAGAGAUUCUGAUUGAGAGAGGAAUGAAUGUCAACCAGCAGGAUGAGGACUUCUGGGCUGCGCUGCAUGUGGCCUGUGCCUGUGACAAUGGGGACAUUGUACUGCUUUUGUUACUGGCUGGAGCCAAUGUGUUGCUGCAGGAUGUCAAUGGAAACAUUCCACUUGAUUAUGCUAUGGAAGGUACAGAGUCCAGUUACAUUCUUCUCAGGCAUCUGGAAGAGAAUGGCGUCGACGUCAACUCCAUGCAUCACAUGAAAACACAGCGGCCUUUAACCAUGUUGUCAGAUGUCAAGCAUCUCCUAGCAACUGCUGGAAGUGUCAACCAGAGGAACGAUGAAGGAGUAACAUUGUUACAUAUGGCUUGUGCCAGUGGCUAUAGAGACGUUGUUUCUCUAUUGUUGGAGAAUGGGGCUGAUCCUCAGAUUGCUGAUAACAACUACUGGACACCUCUCCACUUAGCAGCAAAAUAUGGACAGACCAGUAUUGUGAAUCAACUUCUGAAGCAUUUUGCAAAUCCUAAUCUUCUUAAUUGCAAUGAAGAAAAGGCCUCAGACAUUGCUGCUUCUGAGUUUAUAGAAGACAUGUUAUUGAAAGCAGAAACUACCUGGGAAGAAAGAAUAAGAGACCCAGCAACUAUGUCAUUAACACAAGAAGAGCCAUAUGAAGAAAUUAUCCAUGAUGUUUCCAUGUCAGUAAAGAAACUGAAUCCCCUCUCUCUGCCAAUCUCCAAGCAGGACAGUCUGCUCGAAAAAGACGCCAUGUUCAGAGACACUGCUGGAGGCCUGUGCAGGCAGCAAUCUCAAGACAAUGGAUGUGACAGCCCUUUGGAGAACAACACAAAUAAACUGGAACAGCUGAAGCUUAUGCCUCCUGCCCCCAACGAUGAUUUGGCAUCACUGAAUGAACUGACUGACAGCAGUUUACUCUAUGAAAUGCAGAAACGGUUUGGAAACAAUCAGAUUUAUACUUACAUUGGAAAUAUUCUUUUGCUGGUAAAUCCAUAUAAAAACCUCCAUAUUUAUUCAAGAAUGGUUAGCCAGCUUUAUAUGAGCAGCUCAGGGAGACUGUGUUCCUCACUCCCACCUCACAUCUUCUCCUCUGCUGAAAGAGCAUAUCACAUGCUGUUCCAAGAGCGUCGGCCACAGUGCUUUAUCCUCAGUGGAGAAAGCGGUUCAGGAAAGACUGAGGCCUGCAAGCACAUAGUGAAGCACCUGGCAUGUCGAUCAAGUACAAAGGGCUACUCACUGGAAUCCAAGAUUAAACAUGUAAGCUGUGUCCUCGAAGCAUUUGGCCAUGCCAAAACAAAAUGGAAUGAUUUCUCAAGUCGCUUUAUAAAAUACCUGUCACUGCAAUACUGUGAGAAGAAAAGGACACUAAUCGGAGCCAGGGUUUAUACGUAUGUCUUGGAAAAGUCACGUCUCGUUUCACAGCCACCUCAACAGAACAACUUCAAUAUCUUCUACCUGAUGAUUGAUGGCAUGUCCAGUGAGGAGAAGAGUGGUCUAUACCUCAAUAACUUACUUGCACACAGGUACCUGAGCCAAAAUGUACCCGAGGAGUCAACAGCGAAAACUCAAAACAGAGAAACAUUUGCUGGCCUGAAACAAGCUCUGAGGGUCUUGGGCUUCAACAACCUGGAGGUGGAAAACCUGUUUGUGAUCCUGUCUGCAGUUUUACACCUUGGGGACAUUCGGUUCACUGCCCUGACAGAUGUUGAGACAGCGUUUGUGUCAGACCUGCAGUUACUAGAACAAGUGGCUGGCAUGCUGAAAAUUUCAACUGAUGAACUUGGAUCAGCCUUAACAUCCGAUGUACAGUACUUCAAAGGGGACAUUAUAAUGAGAAGACACACAGUUGAAGUGGCAAAUCAUUACCGGGAUCUCCUAGCAAAGUCACUGUAUAAUCGUCUCUUCAGCUUUUUAGUGAACAGCAUCAACAACUACCUCCAGAGUCAGGACGACAGUAACGGAGACCCUGCCCUUGAAAUUGGAAUAAUGGACAUCUUUGGGUUUGAAGAGUUUCAGAAGAACAGUUUUGAGCAGUUGUGUAUCAACAUGACUAAUGAGAAGAUUCACCAGUACAUUAUGGAGGUACUCUUUCAGCAAGAGAAGGCAGAGUGCGUGCAGGAGGGAGUCGCUAUGGAAACGCUACAUUCUCCUGGCAACCAGACUGCUGUCUUGGAUUUUUUCUUUCAGAAACCCCACGGCCUGCUAUCGGUGCUGGAUGAGGAGAGCCAGGCACUUCGACCUGCGGAACAAAACCUGUAUAAGAAGCUCCAGUCUCAGCUGGAAACGUCAAACGUGAAAGCUGUGUACCUGUCUACAAAGGAUGGAAAUGGCAACCCUGCACCAAAGGAUCAAGGGCCCUCUUUCACUGUCAUGCAUUAUGCAGGCAGGAUGACUUACGACCUCACAGGAGUACUUGAAAAGAAUAAGGAUUUACUUCCACAAAAUCUCCUUUUUGUGAUGAAAACCAGUGAAAACGUAGUCAUCCAUCAAAUGUUCCAGUCAAAGCUGACACAAACUGGUUCCCUUGUUCCUCCAUACCAUCGCCUUAAACUCAGAGGACCCAAAGCCGCUCUGCUUAUUCAGAAAAUGACUUCAGCUGCAGCGACCAAAGAACCAAAGAAAUAUAUGGACCUUAGUCUCAGUAAGCUGCUGAAAAAGAAAGGAGCAACUUCAUUUCUCCAGCGGUUGGAGCGUUGUGGUCCAGUUACCGUGGCUGUACAGCUCAGGAACUCAAUUGCUGAUAUUACUGGUAAGCUGCAGAACUGCACUCCACAUUUUGUACAGUGCAUUAAACCCAACAACUCUAAGCAGCCAGAUUCUUUUGACAAUUUCUAUGUGUCCACUCAACUGCAAUACAUUGGCGUACUGGAGAUGGUAAAGAUGAUUCGCUAUGGAUACCCAGUGAGACUGUCCUUUUCAGGUUUCUUGGCAAGGUACAAGGAUUUGGCUGACACAGUACUUGAAGACAAGAAGAAGCUGUCCUCUGAAGAGAAGUGCCGCCAUAUUCUCCACUAUUGCAAGUUGCAGGGGUGGCAGGUGGGGCACAGCAAAGUGUUUUUGAAGUACUGGCAAGCUGACAGUCUUAAUGAUCUGUGCCUUCAGCUGCAGAGGAAAAUCGUAACCUGUCAGAAAGUAGUGAGAGGGUUUAUUGCACGCAAGAAGCUGCUGCAUACAAUGAGCAUCAAGCAGCAAGAGGUCACCUCCAUGAGGAGCUUCCUGCAGAAUGUGGAAGACAAGGGACUCAGAACAUACGAUGGUUUGGUCAUCCAGAAUGCCUUGGAUAUUGCUCUGGAGAAUGACCGCAUCAGGAACGAAAUGAAUGGGGCUCAUGUGAAAGAAAAACUUGAGAACAUUAGCUCAGAGGCCGAGGGAAAUAAAAGAGCUGCAGACAAGGGUGGGAAGAUCAAUGAAGGCAGCUUUGGGGGCUGCCGGAUGCCCAAGCACUAUCAUUCCAGCUCCAUUCCCAUCCCUUUGGCUGUGGACAACUUGGUACAUUCUGCAGCUGCUACAUCAAUCAAAUCCCCUUCGCUACAAUCAGUGUUCAGCAUGGAGGAUAGCAACUGCCUACCAUCACCACGGAAACAGCCUCCUCCCAAACCAAAGAGGGACCCCAACACAAGGCUGAGUGCUUCAUAUGAAGCUGUGAGUGCAUGCUUGUCAGCUGCCUCUAAAGAAACACCCAGUGAAGAUUUUCUUUCUCUUGUUAAUGUAGCUCUGGCUAAACCACGCCCUCAUAGUGAUGACUACAGCACAAUGAAGAAGAUUCCUCCACCAAAGCCAAAAAGAAGUCCCAAUACUAAACUUAGUGGUUCUUAUGAAGAGAUUUCAGCUCCUAGACCAACUGAGGUUAAGCUGUCCUGCCUUAAGGGGGGGCACUGCCUAGGGAUGAUACAAAGGGCUGCUUCAGCAGAUGGGCCCCAGUAUGGUGUGCUCAGCUUGUACAGCUCACAGGAAGAAGAGGCUGUAUAUAUUGAAAUGGUAGGAAACGCCAGAACCAAGAGCUUAACAGGGGUGGACAGUCCUGACCAAGGGGAGUCUGUGUAUGAAGAAAUGAAGUAUUUUCUGCCAGAAGAAGAAACAACUGGUAAAAUAAAUCUGGCAAAAACAGACAAGUGUUCCCAGCAGUUGUAUGAGACCAAAAAGCUUGUAAUUGUCGAGCACUUUAACCCUGUUCCUAUAGGAAAAGUUUACUGCAAAGACGGUACUUGUGACAUUCCGCCACCUUUCCCAAACCUGCUCCCUCACCGGCCACCUCUCUUGGUCUUUCCCCCAACCCCUGUUACGUGUUCUCCUGCCUCAGAUGAAUCACCUCUAACACCAUUGGAGGUCAAGAAGCUGCCAGUUUUUGAAACCAAUCUGAACUUUCCAGUGCAGCCUGAAGGUUCCAGCCCACUGUCUCCACAGUUAGCAAGGCAUCAAAAAGGAGAAAGCGAGAGACCAACUUCUCCCAGUCUGUCCGUUUUCUAUAUAUCCAGCAAGGUCUCACCACCUCCAACACCUCCACCUCCUCCUCUUCUUCCUCUUCCUCCUCCUGGGCCUCCCCCUCCCUACAGACCCCUGUCACAUUUCCCUUUUCCCCCAGAGUUGUGCGCUUUGGCAUUAGGAAAAGUACCUCAAAAGACAAGUAACACAACAGAAUCUCCUUCAGGCUGUUCAAAGGCGCCCUACUCCCCUGUAAAGACUGCCAGGGUGGAACCAAGAAAAUCUCACUCCUGUUCUUCUUCCCCCCUACCGUUUAAUCCUGCAAAUGUCAGACCUCUGACCAGCCCCCUUGGUGAGCUGACCACUCUCUUCAGCUCAGGAAGAAGCCUCUUAAGGAAAUCCACCGCUGGACAGAAAAUAAGGGAGCCAGCAAGCAGCAACUCAAACAUCAACAUGACUUGCAGGGAGAACCACAGUGAAACAGGACCGUCGCCAGAACUUCAGGAUAAAAAUGCCAAUAACCGUGUGACUACCUUCUCUUCAUCAGCACCCAGUCCUGUUGCAGUAGAAAAUGGAAACCAGAUUUCAAAUGGUUUACCAGAGAAUUCAAAGUCUUCCAGUAGCUCAACAGCUCCAUCAGUUCAAAGACACAUAGAAGGCCAUAAUAAUCAGGUGAUCCAUCAGCUGCGUCUAUCACAAAAUGAAAGCACAGCCUUGCAUGAGUUAUUGGAGUGGAGACGGAAACUCUGCGACGAGAAGGAAGACUGGCAGAAAACCAUCCAUAAAUCAGAGCACAAGACCAAUGCACCUCCCCCUCACCCACCCUGCAAAAAAACAACUUUGGUAAAGAAGAUGUGAGAUUGAUUCUGUGACUGUCCAUGCUCCCUGGAUUAUUGGAUGCAAAAUGUGUUUUUCUUCAUGACCAAGAAGAGACUUCUAAACAACCUGGGAACCGCAAAUAUAUAUCAGGUCCUUCUGCUUGUCAGGGCUCGAAAGAUUUUUGUAGAACAAGCGCCUGGGGUGUGAAAUUCUGCUGAAAAAUACAAAACAGCAUGCUUUGGAAACAACACUACCUUCUAACAACUGAGAGCAAUCUGAAUGGAUUGUUGCACAAACCCAUCAUCAAAGUCAUGAAUGUAUCUUAAAUGUUAUUUCUGUGUGAGGACACAAGUUUAUACAUACAACUGGUAAAUACUGUCAAGUGUCUUUAAAAAAAAAAAAAAAAAAAAAAAAAAGCUGCUGGCUCAUGUAACUUACUGAUUGGUUAUGUAUUAAUAUGUACACCUAUAUGUUAAACUGGGGCAGGGGGCACAAUACGUUUUGUGUUUUGUAGGUGGGACUAUAAAACGUAUAACCAACUGGUGCUGGUUUUCUUAACUCAAUGUGCAGGGGAUACUUAGCACAGGUUACAGCUUAACUGUUGACCUCAGUGUUAUCACUUUGUAUUAACCAUUCAGGUAUGGCAUUGUGCUAUCACUUUCAGGUUCUGCUGCCCUAUAAAUAGUGUAGUUGCAGGGAAAUUCAAAAACAUAAAGUCAGAUUCAUUUCACUGGUUGCUGAGACAUUUUAACACUGUCUUUGGCACCAAGGCUAAUAACUAUUUAAAAAAUGAAUUGGAGAGCAAAACCAAUAUCCAUGUUUCAAUGAGUUUAUUUCCCAGACAGCUUUAGAUUCGUUGCUCUGUGCCAUGUGUGAUUUAUUUACUGGUGUUAUGGUUUCUAAGAUUUCUGUUGGGAACAUUUCAUAACUGAAGUAGUUUGCCUUACAGUACAGUAUUGGAGUAACAUAAUUUAUCGUCAAACUCCUUUUUGGCCUUUUUUCAAAAACGAAAAAUUAGAAGAAAUGGUGGUUACUGGUGCAUGACUUUCAGAUAGCUGGACUUAACCUUUCUCAGAUAUAAUCAAGUCCCUUUGUUUUGGGUUUUUAAUUUAAAUAAAUCUGCCCAGGAAGUUAUAUGUGGUUAUUAAGAUAAAUGGAUGGAAAAGGAGCCUACUUGACAACUAACAACUGCCUGGGUAGUUGUGGAAAUCUGGUUAAACCAUAUCAGUGUUACAGUAUAUUAACCAGAACUUCACUAAAACCAAUGUGUUACAUACAUGUAUUGACAUGCAUUUUCUUGGUAUGAAUCUGUAUUUACAUGCUUGAAUGCCCUAUAUAUAUAUAUAUAUAUAUAU